GUGUAAGCGCUUAAUGCAGAGUCGCGACAGUUUUUGAGGUGUUAUUUAUCUAAUUUGGUGAAAUGUUCACGGAUGAAUCUCGCGAUAUUUUCGGUUUUCAGUCAUCGUGGAAAAAGUCGCACGGACAGACUCAGGACUCGAAAACAUGUCAAACCGUCCCAGUUCACACAGCCGAGGCUGAGACGCAGGUCAGAAGUGUGUUAAGCAGCAGCACACAGACCGAUCCUCCAGAGAACCUCACUGAUCAGCUCACACUCCACUCGGAUCUGUCAGCUGAGCCGCCCGGGCUGAGGGAUUUCCUGCACCGUGUGGAGGACCUGGUCAUCCGGGAGCUGGUGAAGAACUCAAAGAGCCACGCUUUUGAUGGAUAUGAAGUGAACUGGACUGAUCAGCAUGAGACGGUGUCAUGUUUAUUCAGUCUCGGGUACUGUGAGGCUCAGGACAGGGGGCUGCAGGUGACCAGCGUGUCCUGGAACUGCACCGGUUCUGUUAUAGCAUGUGCUUUUGGACGUGUCAGUGAUGGUGACUGGAGCACUGAGAAGUCGUACGUGUGCACAUGGAACCUGGACCGUAGAAGAGUGAACCCGAAACAGCCCGGCAUGGUCAUAGAGACGGCAACAUCCGUUAUGUGUGUGUCCUUCCAUCCACUGCGUCCAUCUCUGAUUGCAGGAGGGCUGUACAGUGGAGAAGUGAUGGUGUGGGAUACAAGUCGCUCUCAGGAUCCUGUGUUGGCUCAAACAGGGAUGUGUUCAGAUACACACAAAGAGCCGGUAUAUGAGGUAAAGUGGGUCCCAGGGCCUCGUCGAGGAGAGAUGGUGGUUGUAAGUGCGUGUUCAGGAGGUCGAGUCCUGCGCUGGAGUGUAGAUGGAGCAGAAGGUAAACUGACCCUAACUGCUGGAUUUGCUCUCGUCAGGCAGCAGCUCCCUCUGAGCCGAUCAGCCAGCAGGGUGAGAGGUGAUACAGCUGUAGGCGUGACCUCUCUUGCGCUCUCACCCUGGGACACGGACAUGUUCCUGGUGGGCACUGAGGGGGGUCUGGUGCUCAAGUGUUCCUUCAGCAGUCAGACAGUGGCAGUGGUGCCCCCUGACGGUGAGAGUGUCACACUACACGCUCCUGCACAGUUCUGCUUCUCACCACGAGCCGGUCCCAUCCAGUCGCUCCACUUCUCCCCCUUCCACAGGAACCUGUUUGUGAGUGUGGGGACAGACGGCUUGGCGCAUGUCCACAGUGUCCUGCAGCCGGGUCCCCUGCUGUCCCUGCGCGUUUCUGACUCAUACGUGUUUGGAGUGCGGUGGUCACCUGUUCGGCCGCUAGUGUUCGUUGCAGUCACCGGGCAAGGUGUGUUGCAGGUGUUUGAUUUGGGUCAGAAGUGUCUCAGACCAGUGGCCACCAUUGAGCAGGACACUGGGGGUCAGUGUGCUCUGUGUGUGGAGUUUAAUCAGCAGCAGCUCCUGGCAGUGGGGAAUGCAGACGGUACAGUGAACAUCUGGCAGCUGAGUGCUGAGUUCACAGAGCAGCGGCCCAGAGAGAGUGCCGUCCUGCAACAGCUCGCAGACGACGUAGCUGAGUGACGCACACGAGGCUGCAGCGUGGAGUCCAGAACGGAGAACUCCUGCUCACAGACAGGUGACUCUGAUCAUGUGGGAGAAUUCAGGAGGAUGGGAAAUCCUUCCACUAUUCUGACAUGAAAGUGGUCACACAUUGUCACUUUGUUUACUAGAUAAAAAUGGCAGUUGUAGUCUAACAUUAGCAUGGUAGACUUUAGCACAUAUACAAUUAUACCAGGUGGUGUGAUUUAUCAGUUGUAAUUCUUGGCCAUGUGACAAUAACACUUUUUUUUUUUUUCACAUCUUGUGUGUGAUGUCAUGCUUAGCUAUGCUAAAUAUAAAGCUGACAAUUUUAUGCUAAUGUUCACUACUGCUGAAGAGGUUUAUCCAUAUCAGAUAAACUAUUCAUACAACAAUACAACAUACAUGCAACUAUGCUAAUUUAUUGUGUAUUUAAAACCAGUAAUAUUUAUAACCAGGAUUAAAAAAAAUAGGUCUAUAAAGCCAUGGGCUGGAAAGAUAGCUAAUGAGGUAGCUUUGGGCAAUAUAUAAACUGAAAGUCAUCAUUAUCUAGCAAGCAUUAUGCUAAGUGUUACACUGUCAUUAAAGCCUGUAUGUUAAGUGGUCAUUUUGAGCCAAAGAUCAGAAAACUGCAGCUGGUGUUGAUGUCACACAUAAAAGUUUGUGGUUGGAUGAUCAGCUGUAACUUAAGCUAUGCUCUUGGUGAAAUUAAAACCAGACAAUUGUU